AUGAAGGCAUCGGACCGGUCAAAUAGUGGAGCAGUCAAGACGGGAGGAAUUUUGGAAUUGGACGGGGUCACCGCAAUCACUGCCCAAUUAGAGAAGCUGUCAAAGCAAGUAGCAGCAUUGCAAACUCAGCAAGUCCAUGCAGUCCAAGUUCCUGACCAGUGCGUAGAAGAAACGGACUCUCUAAAUUAUGUGCAUGACACUAACCGACAACAGAGGAACCCAUACUCCAACACGUAUAAUCCGGGAGGGAAAGAUCACCCUAACAUUGGGUGGGGAGGAAAUCAGCAAGGACAAAGGCAAGCACCACCUCAAGCUCAACCUCAAGGUGGAGAUCUCGCAAAUAUCUUGGCGCAAUUUAUGACAACCACUCAAGCCUCUAUCCGAAAUUUGGAAACACAGAUGGGUCAACUUGCAACCCAGCUAACCGCUAGGCCAUCGUGAGCACUGCCGUCGAAUACGGAAGAUCCUCGAAAGAGCAACAUCGAGCAGUGCAACACUGUAAGUUUAGGGAAUGGGAGACAAUUGGAGGAAGCCCCACGAAAAGAGAAGAGAAGCGCGGUAAUCGAGAAGCGAAGAGUGAUUGGGGAAAAAUAAGCAACUCACGAAGAAUCACUAUCAUCAACAGUGAAAUCACGAGCCCCUCCAAUUCCAUACCCUCAAACAUUUCUAAAAAAGAAGCUCGAUGCCGAAUACCAAGGAUUUUUGGACAAGUUGAAGGAAAUUCACAUAAAUAUCCCUGUUAUCGAAGCCCUUCAGAAGAUGCGAAAGUGGUUGAAAUUCCUCAAGGAUCUCAUGACAAAGAGGAAGAAAUUGCAAGGGAACGAGAUGAUCCAACUCAUGGAACAAUGCAGUGCAAUUCUUACACGGCCC